UCCACAUGGUGGGAAGUGGGGGAGCAGAGAUUCUCAACCAAAGCAAUCACCAGGAUUCUCUCCAAGAUUUUAGGAGCUCUUAUGUAGGACCUGCCAGUGGGGGCCCCUUUGCCAGUGGUAGAUAUUACUCUUGAGAUAUUAUCAGCUGAAAACAACAUGGUAUCUUUUCUAUUUCAGAAAAUACAAAGGAAAUAAUGUAGACGGCAUCCGAGUCUGAAAGGAGCAUUUGGGCCGUUGACCUGUUACUGUCUUUAAAAAAAUCUUUUUACAUUCCUUCAAUGCCUAAUAUUGCAGACUCUCAGCUAGAGAGUGGUUCUGAAGAAAAUGAGUGUGGACCUGGAAGAAAGGCUUCAGAAGUGAAUCUUCAUGGUACUGUAAAACCAUUUUGUGCUGCGGGUGCCUCUGUUGCCUCUCUGGGAUCUAGUGGAGACAGGCAUUAUCCAUGGGGAUGUCCUGUGACUCAUACCCGAGAAAAGUUUUACACUAUCUGUUCAGACUAUGCUUUUUUAAACCAGGUUACAUCAAUUUGCAAAAGCCCAAGUGCUACAGUUAGUGCCUGCUUACAAGACAACGCUGCCUUAAAUGUUGGAAAUAAUUCGCCGGGUUUCAUUGGCAUUCGAACUGGCACGUCAGACAUAGUUUACAAUGAAGAUACUAACCUGGAAAGUUUGUCUAGUAGCCUUGGAAAACUUCCACUGGCAUGGGAAAUUGAUAAGUCUGAAUUCAGUGACACAUCCCCAGACCUGAAGAAUCGAGCAGGCAAUGUGAAGAAGCAAGGAACCAAGAAAACGUCUGUAGAUAAAAAAAGUAACCAAUACAGAGAAUGUCCACAACAUUAUGCACUUGAAGAAAUAAAACAACGGAAAGUAUUAGACCUCCGGAGAUGGUACUGUAUAAGUCGGCCACAAUAUAAGACGUCCUGUGGGAUUUCCUCGUUAGUCUCUUGCUGGAAUUUCCUAUAUAGCACAAUGGGAGCUGGAAACUUACCACCUAUUACUCAAGAAGAAGCUUUGCAUAUAUUGGGCUUUCAACCUCCUUUUGAAGAAAUUAGAUUUGGUCCAUUUACUGGAAAUACGACAUUAAUGAGGUGGUUCAGACAAAUUAAUGAUAAUUUCCAUGUAAAAGGAUGCUCAUAUUUUCUCUAUAAACCUCAUGGGAAGUAUAAGACAGCUGGAGAGACUGCUUCAGGAGCUUUGACAAAACUAACACAAGGACUGCGUGAUGAAUCGAUAGCCUACAUUUAUCAUUGCCAAAAUCAUUAUUUUUGUCCAAUUGGAUUUGAAGCAACCCCAGUAAAACCUAGCAAGGCAUACAAAGGGCGUCUCUUACAACAAGAAGUGGAACACUGGAUACUCAUUGGAGAGCCAAGCCGAAAGCACCCAACUAUUCAUUGCAAAAAGUGGGCAGAUAUUGCAAUAGACUUAAACACUCAAAAUCCUGAAUACUUAGAUAUUAGGCAUUUGGAAAGGGGCCUUCAGCAUCGGAAGACAAAGAAGGUAGGAGGAAAUCUGCAUUGCAUCAUUGCUCUUCAGAGGCUUAACUGGCAAAGGUUUGGUCCCUGGAAUUUUCCAUUUGGAAACGCUAAACAAGACUUGCAACCCCAAUCACAGACGCUGGGUAUAGCCAAAUCUGAGAGUGAAGACAAUAUCUCAAAAAAGCAACAUGGGCGCCUGGGUAGAUCUUUCAGUGCUAGUUUCCACCAGGAGUCUGUCUGGAAAAAGUUGUCUCAUCUUCAUGAAAGGCGGAAUAGCGGCUUUCAGAGUUACACAGGGUAUGAUGGGAAUGACUAAAAGGAACUGCUUGUAUAACUGCUGUUGUGUAAAUUAUUCCUCAGAUAUGGUAACGUUUAUUAUGCACAGAGUAGGGAAUGGAUAGAGAUUUCAGUACAAAAUGCAAUCUUAGGAAUGCUUGUUGCAUUAAAUGUGUGGAUAGUUAUGUUGGGAAUGAUAAGAGAUGUUAGCACAAGCACAGAAUAUUGUACACUUACAAUCCAGUAUAAUCACUAUAAUCAACAAUUGACCUGCAUUUUAGGCCAUGAAAUCAGAACAAAUCUAGAUCAAAGCCAUAGUGGGGGAGGCAGGGGGAGAGUGGAAACCUAUUAUUAAAAGGAAUAGUUAAUACUCAAAGCAUGAGAUUUGUUACUUUCCAAAAUGAUUUAUUAAACACACAUUGUUAUAAGGGUGGUAAAUGUAUAGAGUAAUUGUUUUUUUUAAAAAAACUUUCAGAAAUGCAAUAAGGACAUCAAAACUUACAAAACACCAAACAUUAAAUGAAUAUAAUUGAGUGGUCUAUCCAUUUGGAACAUGGUUCUGUAAAACUUAAGUUGUUUGCGUUAACUGGGGACCUUCUUUGACAGUCAUAGGCAAUAAUAAUAUAAUUUCCCCUGGAAAGAUGAGGUACCUGCUUGCUUCCUUUUGAGAGGAGGCAGAAAAAACUUUCACUGCCAGGUGUAUAUUCCUCCAGCAGCUUUUUGUGUGAUCUGAAUUUCCUUCACAUUUGACAGGCCGCUUUUAAACAAACCCUCAAUCCAUCUUAUUUGCCUACCCAAAAAGCACCCAAACUUGCAAUCGUGGGUUGCACUUACAUUUUUUUUCCUUGUGGUAUCUGGAUCUUUUUCACUUCACUCCUUUAAUUGUUUUAUUGUAAAUAUGGGAGAUGCUUUAAGUGCCGAAACACACUGGCAGCCGCAGUGAUAUACCUCUUUGGCCAGAACACUGUUUGUAUUUUUUUCAAAUGAUCAUGUCAAGUAGCUUUAUUUGGAAGUAUAUUUUGUUCUCAUGAGAAAACAUUUUAAUAAAAAUAUCAGUGGGAUCAAGAA